CCGCAUCUCCCUAGCUACGGCUGCAGUAUGUGUUUAUCUCGCAUGCUCCCUCUAGCCGCUGACCUAUUUCACAACUGUAGGAUAUGCAAUACAUGAACUGCAUCACCGGAUGGGCUCCUGUACCGCUAGAGAGCCGCGACCGGCCUCUACGAACCAACCCCCUUCCACGCCCCUCUACUUGCAAAUCUUCGCUCCUGACGCCAGUGGCCACAGCUCCGAAAUCCAAGUCUACCCGCUACCCUCGUCGCGUGGAACUUCUCUACGCAGGCGAUUUACGAGUCUGGCAAGCUGGCCGAGGACGCUCUGAUUGAAAGAGUAGUGGAGCAGCUCUGCUCCUUAUCUACGACCGACGCACCGGGUUAUGCUAGAGGUUCCGAGGCAUGUCAGACAGCGUAGGUUGAGAGACUGGCUGCUAGCGGGGUAAGCGUAGAUGGAGGUGUGGGCGGAAGUGAGGGAGGUUAAUCCGUGUGGAAGACUAGCUGAAAGUGAGGGAAAGCAGGGAUUUAGAAUUCUUUAUGUCGAGCCGGGUGGUGAGAGUUUUCGCUGGCUGUGGCAUGGUGUUUGUCGAAGCGAUAUCGCAGGAAUACGCCGGCGGAGUCCCUCGAUAACGGAUAGAGAUUAAAUAUCGUUGCUCGUGUAUGGUCCUGUUAGGUGUGGAGUGG